UAACUGGGAGGGAUCUGGCGUCAAAGCCACCCAGGAAAGGAGGCCUGAUAUGCUCAUUAAUAUUCUGAACUAGUGACCCUUCUUUUUCUUUCCACCCCUUCUCCCAGCUCUCCAGCCUCUCCCUGCCUCCGAUGGCUGCAGCCCCCUCCAGCUGAGUCAGUUCUUCCCUCCCCGCAGCAUUGCAGCACCUCCGCAGCCUCCCUGCACUCCUGCUUCUGCAGCGCCUACACUGUCUUCUCGGCUCCCACCUCAGCAGCAUGGCCAGCACCGUCUCAGCCUACAAGGAGAAAAUGAAGGAGCUGUCCCUGCUCUCUCUCAUCUGCUCCUGUUUCCACACCCAGCCGCAUCCUAAUACCAUCUACCAGUAUGGAGAUAUGGAGGUGAAGCAGCUGGAUAAGAGGGCAUCAGGCCAGAGCUUUGAAGUGAUCCUGAAGUCUCCUUCAGAUUUGUCUCCCGAGAGCCCAAUCCUUUCCUCUCCCCCCAAGAAGAAGGAUCUGUCCCUGGAGGAGCUGCAGAGGAGGCUGGAGGCUGCAGAGGAGAGGAGGAAGACCCAGGAAGCGCAGGUGCUGAAGCAGCUGGCGGAGAAACGAGAACACGAGCGGGAGGUGCUCCACAAGGCUCUGGAGGAGAACAACAACUUCAGCCGGCUGGCUGAGGAGAAGCUCAACUACAAGAUGGAGCUGAGCAGGGAGAUCCGUGAAGCACACCUCGCUGCCUUGAGGGAGCGGCUCCGCGAGAAGGAACUGCAUGCAGCUGAAGUUCGCAGGAACAAGGAACAGCGGGAGGAGAUCUCUGGAUAAAGGGCUUUUCUACACAUCUAGCACCUGAUUCCUGUUAACAAAUCAACCAACCAACACAUUUUAUUUUGUUUGUCUAGAUGCAACAUUUGGGUCUCCAUUCCUUCCCUCCCCCUGGUGUUAGUGCCCCAGCUACACGCUUCUAUCUCCGCACCCUUAACUGUACUUGUGGGGAUUCACAGAUCAUAGGGACUUCUAAGCAGAAUAGCAACUAGUUCACAUGAAGUAUAGAAUCAAUGAAUCAGUCAAUCAAACAGCUUCCUGGGGGGAUUUUGUCCUUUUUUAAAAAAUAUUUCUUAAACUGAUGUAAAGAAUUAAGUUAUUAAUAAAUUCAACCAGCAGUGUCAUGGAGAUAACGGAUUUCUUAUCCGGGGCUUUUACUACUCUUGGUGUUUGCUCUGAGCCAAAUAUCAGUUUGAGAAUAAUUGGGAGUAAGUGAUCAUUUCUUUAUAUGAAGUGGUAUAACUAAUAGAUCCUCUAUUUCCCAGUGGUAGGAGAAAGGAAUAAGAGAGGGAUGGAGAUGGCUCAGGGAGUUGUGGCAUGCAGACCCUUUCAUCUCUUGGUUGUUAUCUGAAGCCAGCCCAGGUAGGCAGUGACUAAAAGUCAUUAUCUUUGGAUGAUUCUUUGAUAGCCCAUAUGAAAGUAGCUAGGGGUCUCAAACUAGAACUUGGUGAGAGGUGCCCACAUCACAGAAAGUCCCUAUCACAGCAAGCACUAGUUGAUAUCCUAGUUGGCCACAGACUGAACAAGCCUGUAGACUGAACUGCCCUCGCCCUGGCAGAGGGAAGACCAAGACAGCUUGGUCAAGCAGCAUGGGAGAAUCUUAUACUGCUAUUGCCUCUAUGGAGCCUGGGUCUUUGGCUGUCCUGGGGGGAUGGGGCUUGGUCUCCAGGCCUGUCCAGUGCUUUCACAAACACAAGAUUUCACUCCAGUAAGAAAACGAUUCAAACACAGAUGCUGCAUGAUUUUGAAAUAGCCCACAGGCCUUUAGCGAACAGGAUAAUCAUCCUUCCCUCUUUCCAAAGAUGGAUGUGACUCUUCAAUGCCAUUACAGGACAGACACUGAGACCAGAGAUCACGAAAUAAGCCACAGAGCUCUGGUUCUUAGGCAACAAGUUGUAAGAAAGGGCACGCCGGUUGCUUACAGGGUACUUCCAGACCUGCAGCUUUGGAAAAGAUGGAGCUAAGAGAGGAGGCCAUCAGCAAGACUACAGUAAGGGUGAAGAGGUGUUCACACGCUCAUUUUGUUGUCUACCUUUAGCUUUUCAGGGCCUAUUUUUAAGAAAAGUUGUCUCUUCAUGGAAUUAGAGAUGAGCAGAAAAUAUGCAAGCAUGGCAGUAAUAGCUGGCAGUAAUGUCUGAUCUAAAUAGAUGACUGUCAAAGCCUGUGGACUUCCUAAUCUUCUAAUAUCAUGGUUUAUGAAGCUAGCUGAAGUCCAGGCAGCCACUGUGCCAAAUGGUAAGGGGCCUGCCAUUCUCUCGCCAAGAUCCACAGAACUGCUGACCCUCAACACCAGCUCUGCAUCUAGCUUGAAAAACUAAUCGGAAAUGUUGCGUCUGACAUGCAGGGAAUUGCCAUCAAACCGCAAGUGGGGCCUCGUAAGGUGUGGUGCUGAGGAGUCAGCCCUUGCAAGAGGGCAAGAUUGUCUUGUGGCAAGAUUUUGCAGAGGAGAAGAUGGACACUGCUUUCAUUUGAGACAGAAGGUAAUAAGAAUUCCCCUUUGUCCAGUUCUUAGAGAUUACUGUAUUAUUUUUUUAAUAGAUCAGUGCAAUGUUUCUGGAACAAGGCAGCAGGGUGCAUAGAGCAGGUACAGACACAGCAGGAUUCCUCGGCCAGUAUUUAUCCCCAGGGUGCCUCUCCCCUCCGCCCUCACAACAGCCAUUCCUCCCUGGAUGCUAUCUCAGAUUUCAGAAUAAACCAAAGGGGCGUCAAAGGGAAUGAAACAUUUAAUUACUAGUAAUUGGUAUCCUCUGCACAUCAUGCCUCCAUAGAGCCAGCCGGUAGGUGAGGCAAGAGACUCCUACAGUGGGCUUUGCAGACUCUGUGGGGAAAUAAUUGAAGGAAAGGGCCGCAGGCUGGUGCAGUGGGAGAGCAGCAGUGCACGUGGGCCGGCAGGCAGCUGUGCAGCCAGCGCAGGCCAGGCCGAGGGGCUGCAAGGGUGGUGGUCUACCUUGCAAAAGGUGCCAGGCAGUAAUCAGAAACUAGAGCAGACAAGCAUUUUACAUUGGGAAUAAAGAUCUGCUUGCCUCUCCACCCUUCUCAAAAAAAAAACCUCUUUGCUGAGUCUUUUCAGAAGCUGAAGUUUUCUGUCUACCGUGUGCUUUAUUUCCAUAAAGAAUUGAUUACACCCUGACGUAAGCAUCAGCCGGUCACAGAAACCCAACAGAAUGCCAAAGAGCAGCAGCUGCUGGAAAUAAAAUCCCUAGCCUCUUUGCUAAUCUCCCCAGAAUUCCCAUUUGGAUUAGGGAGAGAUCCCUCUAUGGCCAUAACACAUUCUGAUGUUAGGGGAACACUCUGCUCCUAAAAGGAAGGGCUACCUUACUCACAACCCCCUCUGCCUGGGCCAGAGGGGGAUAGGGCUGUUAGAAAGCCCCAGUGCUGUCCAGGGACAAAAAACGUUUGGGGCAAAGAGGGAAAAGGAAAGGAAACUGAGGGUUGAAUUUCUUAACAGUAGCUAAUGAUCAGUUUAUAGUAGCAGCUGUCUUAGAUAAGCAUCUGUGUAGAACGCAGGUUCACCGCCAGCAUCACCUCAUUCAUAUAGCGACAAUACGUUUUAAAAAGUUUAAAAAAUUAAAAAGUAAUUUAAACAAAAUGUUUGUGUGUAAGAAAUGGUUGAAACUGUCAAAUGUCUGUGUCCCGCGUUGGUGGGAUCUGAGAAGGUAUCUGCAAGAUAUUAACCCUGUCCUACUCUCUGUGGUGCUGAGUGUUUGCUUGGUGUGUAAUUCUGACCUGGAGCUUGUUGUAAAUACUGUUUUUAGUACUAUGAUGAUGAUGAUUAUUAUUAUCAGAAAUGUUGUACUCAUGAGCAGGAGCUUAAAACAAAAGAAAUGACCAUUUUCACUCUGUCAUUGGGGCUCGGAAGAACUUGGAGGCUGGGCCCGACGCAGGCAGGAUGCCGGGGCCCGUGGGACGCAGGCUCAAAGAGAGCAGCCCUCGGGGAGGCCCGUGGCCGGGCCCGACCUGCCGAGGGGACUGCCAGCUUCGUGUGCCGAGGAAACCGCAGACUGGGGAGCUGCGGGGAGUUGAGUCCUGCAGGCAGGGGGGAUAAGAGCAGGGAGAGGCCAGUCCUAGGGUUGGGAAGAGGAAGGAAGAGCUGAGAGACGUAAUAAAGAUGGUGCCUCAAAUCAGUGCUCAAUUCUGGUAUACAUCAUUUAGCAUGAAUCCAGACCCCCCUGUGUGAGGGUGCUCCAGUCCGUUUCCUGCAACCAAGGAGCAAGACUGAGGAGCUGUGAGGUUUGGCAUGUGCCAUGGGAAAAAACGGUUGGUGGCAGGUUGUGUUCUGUUAGAGCCAUCCUUCCCUGAACAGCUCCUGAGUCUCAGGGCUUGGUUCCUGCCCGGCUCCUCCAUCUCAGUGCUUUGCGUAAGCAGCUAAGGCCCAAUUAGUGGUAUCCUCUGUGUAGUUAAAGGCCAGCCUUGAUCUCAGGUGGAGACUUAUUCUUGCAAUAGCUUUGCCUGGCAAACAAUCACAUUGGAAAUGCACAGAAGAAAGACCUGGCAAGUCAGGAGCCCAGCAUGCAGUGCUCAUGCUGGUGUGAGCACUGGGAAACUCAUUUUUCUUACCUUCACUGGGUUGGUUCUGUGAGGCACAGUGGACAUCAUGGGUGACAAAUUUGCUACUGCAGGGUAAACUCAUGUCUCAGAGAAGCAGGGAUGUGUCAGGUAGAGUUUUGCAUCAGUAAUAUCAGGGAACUAGGUCUGUUACAGCUGAUGAAAUGUCUCACGCAAAGUAAACAGGAUUGUCCAGUGUAGCCCAGGGUAUCGGUGUAACAGAGUUACGUUUGCCUGGUGCAGAUGAAUGUAUUGGGGAUGUGAGGGAACUUAAAGUUUGUCCAGGGCCGCUGGACAUUUUCAGGGAAAUGUGUGAUUGCUUUGGUUGCACACACCAGCUACCGCAGCGCCGGUUAUAUGGCGGGGCUGAGGAGAAGCUGGGCGCACCGUGCUGCAGGCAAGGGAGCGUAACUGAUGCCGGGCACCUGCCUGAACUAACACUGUGCCUGACAGGCAACACACAUCACUCUUUCAGUUCUCAUAGCAGCAGCAGAUCAGUUAUUUCAUUCCCUUCCAUGUCCCAGGAUUGCUAAUGGUCGUGUGCAACAGCAUACUUCACGCCUCAAUUGAGACUAAGUAUCCUCAUUACUAACCUUACAGUCCCAGCCUGUUUCAUUGCUAUUGUGACUUUUCGACCGUCCCCAUAUACCGCAGUCUUCAGACAUAUUGCAUGGCAUGCAGUCCAUAAAUCCCUGGGGCAAUGUUUCUUAUGACAGGGCUUGAGGUUCUUCAUUGAUUCUUGUAGAUGUUUAUUAAUCAAGCUUUGUAACUACAGUUAGCACCCAAAUUUUGGCAGAAGCGCAUUAACAUUAGGCCUUGUGCCUGGUAGGUACAGCUCCCUGGAGGCCUCUGGCAGUGUUCCUGCCCAGACUAGGAACUGAUAGAGUGUUUGCCGUUGUACAAGGGAAGAAAGACGAGACGGUGACAAUUUAUUAGUGUGCAUACAUGUCUCCAAGAGUUCUGGAGAAGGGCCUCUGAUUCAGGCAAGACAAAGAAGCUGAAGCUAAAUUCAUUCUCAGCUGGCAGAGGCAGCCAGGAGAGCAGCACUUCUAUGCAAGAGCUACAACAACUGGCCUCAUAUUUCAAACUCUAGCUCUGCGCUUCCAUUAACAUUUCGAGCAAAGUGUCCAGCUCUGUCUGUAGAUGGGCACAUUCGAGGACGUUAGGCCCUCGGACUGCUUACGGACUGAGCCUAUUCCUUUUCUUAUUAUUGUUGUAUCAUAAAAUAAAUCUCGCUAAAAUCCAGAUGUGGGGUUACUUUUAAAGCUAACCUUGCAGGGAUGGUGGCCGCUCACAAUUGCAUGCAUCCUACGUUGCGGGCAAGUCUUGAAUUGCUGCUCCUGUUAAAACGUAAGCUUCAGCUUGCUUGCUUUUGCUUAGCCCAGUGUGAAUCUCUGGCCCUGGCUCUGCACAGCCUGUCUCACGGGGUUCAUUAGUUCCAUUAAGCUGCAUUGCUUUACUCACUUGGAGGGGUUAUGCAUUCAGGUGUGCACGUGUGCACAGAAAUGCAUAUCUGGAAAUGAUAUAUGCGCAUACGCUCUUACUACCACUAGAAAUGAGUCGAGGAAUGGCUGUUUAUGGUGCUAGAGACUUCUUACAAUCCAUGCUAGGGACGAGAUGAAAGGACAUAUUAAGGUCAAUAACUCCACCUUUGUAGUCAGUUGUCUUCUAAGUAAAGCAGAAGAGGGGCACUGGCCACCACCUACGUUUCGGUAAUCCUUGGCCGCCGGGGACGUAGGGAGGCGACAGCCCUCCCCGCUGCCGGGGAGAGGCGUGAGCCGAGCACAAAGGGCAGCGCGGCCGGCAAGGCAUCCUCGGCACCGCCUGCCCUGCGUCCUGGCCCCUCUGGUGUCUCAGUUCUCCCUCCUGUGACACAGGGACAAUAAUCCCUCCCGACCUCCCAGGGGCCUUGUGAGAAUCAGUGACUUCAUGUCUUCAAAGUGCUCUGAAAAUGGAAAGCACCAAAGUGCUGAGCGGUGCUACAAAGUUGUCCACCUCCUAGUGGGGAAUAAACUGGCACGCUGCUGUAGAAAGAGGUUUUGAAGGUGACGGUCUUGCCGGAAGGCUGGGUCAUCACCUAAGCGGUGUUUGAGGUCCUCUGGGCUGCCCUGCCGCUCUCGCUGGACACGGGUGCCGGCCCGAGCGUCGCGGCCUUGCGCAGCGCUCGCUCCGCAGGACGCAGCGCGUGCCAGCUUGUUCCUUCCCACCGUCAGCUUGAUGAGGAACCGUAACGGUGUCGGGAAAGGACUUUCCACCACUAACAGAGCCUUGUCUGGUUCCUUUAGGUCUACCGCGUGCAUUUCAUUGUCAACUUGAGGUUGUUGUUGUGCAAAAGAAGUGAUUAUGAAAAAAAAAAAGAAAUAAACUUGGUAUGAAACCAUA